CGCCUCCUCUCGAUCACUUCCUGGUUAUUUUCAAACGUCUUCCGAGCUGUUUGUGAAACAAGUCAAAAGUUACCGAGACACCGGAGGGGGGUGAGCUCAGAGGCAGGGAAACUACACCGGAGAGGAGUCUGUACCGUCUGUGAAACACGUGUUACAGAAUGAUUACCGGACGGUGUGUUUUCAGCGGCUAACGGGCGGCAGGAGCUGCUUUAACACUGCUGCUAACAGUUAGCUUAGCCUAGCGUAGCGAGCUAACAUAACAAUUGUUAGUUUGAAGGUAUUGGUAGCAUCAGCUAGCAUCAAAUAGCAUCGACUCGUUCACGUCAAGUUCUCCAGAGAAAGGGGGUCCAGAAGAGGACAACAUUAUGGAGAAUAAGGACAAAGUGCAGCUGAGGAACCACCCUCGCAGACAGCUGAAGAAGCUGAGCGAAGACAGCCUCACCAAAGAGCCGGAGGAAGUGUUCGACGUCCUGGAGAAGCUGGGGGAGGGGUCGUACGGCUGUGUGUUUAAAGCCCACUAUAAGGAGACCGGGGAGAUCGUGGCCAUCAAACAAGUUCCCGUGGAGUCCGACCUCCAGGAAAUCAUCAAGGAGAUCUCCAUCAUGCAGCAGUGUAACAGCCCCCAUGUGGUGCGGUACUACGGCAGCUACUUCAAGAACAGCGACCUGUGGAUCGUCAUGGAGUACUGCGGAGCCGGAUCAGUGUCCGACAUCAUCAGACUCCGCAACAAGACGAUAAACGAGGAGGAGGCCGCGGCCAUCCUGCAGUGCACCCUGAAGGGUCUGGAGUAUCUGCACUUCAUGAGGAAGAUCCACCGAGACAUCAAGGCGGGGAACAUCCUGCUGAACAACGAGGGUCAGGCCAAGCUGGCAGACUUCGGGGUUGCUGGACAACUCACAGACACCAUGGCCAAGAGGAACACGGUGAUCGGCACGCCCUUCUGGAUGGCUCCCGAGGUGAUCCAGGAGAUCGGGUACAACUGUGUGGCCGACAUCUGGUCCCUGGGCAUCACGGCCCUGGAGAUGGCCGAGGGGAAGCCGCCCUACGCCGACAUCCAUCCGAUGAGGGCGAUCUUCAUGAUUCCCACCAACCCUCCCCCGACGUUCAGGAAGCCCGAGCUCUGGUGUCCGGAGUUUCAAGACUUCGUCAGCCAGUGUUUGGUGAAAAACCCCGAAAGCAGAGCGACUGCCACACAGCUGUUACAGCACCCUUUCAUCAUGUCGGCGAAGCCCAGCACCGUCCUGCGAGCGCUGAUCACAGACGCCAUGGAGAUCAAACUGAAGAAGCAGGAGGAGGAGGAGCAGAGGGAGCAGGACGCAGAGGACGAAGACAACUCGGACGAGGACGAGGUGGAUCAGGGCACGAUGGUUCGGGCGGGAACCGGCGACUCCGGAACGAUCCGAUCUGCGGGGUCGUUGUCCGGCUCGCUGAGCGGCACGGCCCGGACCAUGAUCUCUCACGACGACGGCACCAUGCAGUCCCAGCUCGGCACCAUGGUGAUCAACUCUGACGAGGAGGACGAGGAGGAGGCUGGCACCAUGAAGAGGAGAGACGAGACGAUGCAGCCGGCCAAGCCGUCCUUCCUCGAGUACUUUGAGCAGAAAGAGAAGGAGGCCAACAGUCACAACAGGGGGGGAGGAAAAGGAGAGAACAACGCGGACAACCGCAAGCUGCCCGGUGACGGAGACUUCGAUGUGGUGAACUCGUGGACGGUGGAGGAGCUCCGGCUGCGUCUGUCCUCUCUGGACCCUCAGAUGGAGCAGGAGAUCGAGGAGAUCCGGCAGCGCUACCAGACCAAGAGGCAGCCCAUCCUGGACGCCAUCGAGGUCAAGAAGCGGCGGCAGCAGAACUUCUGAGGAGGAGGAGCGGGAGGUCUCUUUGGUCUCUGCGGCAGAUUUAACAAACGACAGCUGAGUAUAUCUGUUAUGAGACGUGAAGAUGUGGAAAACUGUGCGAAGACUUCUGAUGAUGGAACUGCUGGAGAAGAACUUCCAAAGAGCCGGACGUUAGUGACAAUAUUUCUGCCUGUUUGGAGUCUUCAAAAACCCUUUCCUGGAUUUCAGAAAAGACGCUUCUGAAACAUACAUUCUGUCUCCCAUCUGCUGGACUCUCUUUCUGUUUGUUACACAGCGACGAUUGUUCAAAUCGCUUUAGUUUUCUACUGAACCGUGCGGUACAAUAUCAUUUGACCUGCUGACUGCUCGACUGGUACUCUUUACGUCCUCAAAUGUCUCUCUCAUUGUUGCUGCUCAGUGUUCUCAGUCUUUACCCUGUCUUAAAAAGGGUUCAGAAAAAAAAAAAAAAGGCUUCAAAUGGAAACGAUUAGUUUGCUCCACAUCGUGUCCGUGUGCUUCGGAUCAGUCGUAUUGAAUAUGAGGAAUUUAAACUCUGAUCACAAAAGCAACGUCUCUUACGGUACAAGGUCCUUCUUUUUAGUUCUACAAAUUCCAGCAGAAGAUUUAAAAACCAAUGAAAGAACAUCAUCAUAGUGUUUUAUAUUAAAGAUUAGAAGCAGAGUGUUUUAAGAUACCGUUCUAAUCUUACCUUUUAAAUUACUGGAUCAUUUUACCUCUUUGUGUUUCACAGUUCUGGAGUCCCGCAUUAAUAUUUUAGGGGCCUUUAAUCCCCUCCAGUGUCCAGUUUUAUUCCCGUGUCCAUCAUCUCUUUUCGCUCAGUCAGCUAAAAAACAAAGACCUGGACCGGGUUCAACAAAGCUUUUAUUUCCUGGAUUUAUUAUUUCUGAUUUGGCACUGAAACCACAUCGCCCCCAUCCCCCCGAAAACAGGAAGCGGCCCUUCAGCGCUCCUCCUCUCCAGACGCUCUGCUUUCUACCCGCAGCACAGAAACGCUUAUAUUUUUCUAGGUAGGUUCAGAGGUCACAGAGGAGGAUUAAAAACCAGCCUCUCAGGUCAGAAACUCCUCAGGGUGUAAAAUAAUAGUCUGUUUAUAAAUGAGCACAACAGCUGAGUCUGUGUAUUGUGGUUUAGAUCGACGAGUUAAAGGGUUCAAUCACCGAAACGAGACGCCUUUUAUUAAGUUGUAUUGAAAUAAUCAGCGGCGGAGAUGCGUCUGAUGUUUCUGGAGAUAAACUCAGUUUGAGGUUAAAUUUCAGUUUCGUUUUGCACGUUUUUGUCUCGUGAGCACAAUUCAUCUCCUCUUCUGUUACGAAACAAAAGGGAUUUUUCUGUCUGCCUUAUUUUGGAUGUUCUGCUGUGAUGUUUGUGACAGUGAUCCACUGUAGUUACAAACAAAUGAGAAAACAGAGACGGAGGGUUCAUUUCUUUAAAGUAACAUUCUGAAUUUCAGGUCAAAAUGUGUAAAUUAACGGAUUAUAAAGUCACACAUUUACAAGAAUGUUUUAGUUUCAAACAAAAAAACUGUAUUUUUACAGCUUUCCCUUAAACCUCUAACCCUAAUCUCCAAAUAAUAUCCAAUUAACUAAUUAACCCUCAAAAAUCCUGAUUUGUUUCUUGGAAUAUAAUCUCCUUCCAGGGGCUCUGUAUUUAUUUUUAACCUACAAUGGCCCUGAUUAUAACAUGUUUCUGGUCAGAAUAAGGGAAAAUAUAUUUUCAAUAACGCAGCUUGAUUGUUAUAUUUGGAGGUCUGAUGUUUUGGUGCUCGUCGUGAAACCCCACCUCAGAAACGUAGUCGUUGUCACUGGAUAUUAAAAUGUUUGGACAUUUCUGAAUGCUUUUUUUUUUGCUUUAAAUGAUUGUUAUUUUUUGGUUAUUGAAUGAAAAAUAAACCACUGCAGGUAUAAGUUCAAAGAAUCAUCACCAGUUUGUGACAAGGAUCUGAAAUACAGUAAAGUCGUGGCUUGGUGGAAUCACUUAGCGAGGCUUUAAUUUAUUUAAUGAGUGAAUCGGUUAAAUGUCUAAAACCUGCUGAAACAUAUCAAGUGUUUAUUUAUUCAUUAUGUUUGCAGCCCAGGUAUCUCUCUAUCUGGUUGAUUUUCAUUGUAGACCUCAGCUGUUUCUAUGUUUUGGUUCAUUAACUCUCAGUAAUAGGAAGUUAAACUUUGUGAGUAGGAAGUGUUUAAACUCAAGGCAUCAUUGAUCCUUUAAAACUGUGACGCAUCACCACCAGGGAAGGUGGGAACACAUACAGUUUCUCUGCUUCCUCUUUGUGCAAAUUUUGUAUUUUUUCUGACGUUUUUACUCAUUCUUUCGGAGCUCUUUUUGGUUCGCGCGCUUCCUGUUUGCCUGAAAAGUUUCUGAAGUUUAUUUUACGCUUACAGUGUGCAGAGGAGGUCGUGCAUAAGAUCCCUGAUGUUUGGUUUGUGUAUUUUGUUUGCCUGUCUAAUAAAAGCUAAGGAAGGUUUCA